UGAUUGGCAUAUUAUGAUACUAGAUUUACCGAAGGAAAAUGGCUGUUGGUGAUCUCGAUUGAAAAAUGUGGCCGAACUUGUGUGUAUUUCAGAGAUUUUGGCUUCUGUGCAGCCCACGAGUGUGUGGAUAAUACAAAACGCCGACGAGAAGCAAAAACCGUCGGGCGAGAGCCGGUCGGCCGCAGUCGCUGCUACAGAGAAUGGCCGAUAACGGAGAACGGAGUGACAGUCCCAUCAGCACUGCGCCCGACGAAGACGACUCUCAAAUGGGACACGGGCACUUCUUUGUCAAGAAAACGUUCCACAAACCGACGUACUGUCACCAUUGCACGGAUAUUCUGUGGGGACUGAUCGGUGUGGGAUACGUCUGCGAAGUGUGUAAUUUUGUUGUCCAUGACCGCUGUAUGAAAACAGUGGUUUCCCCUUGCUCUAGCAUUGCGACCAGUCUUAUCAAAAACCCUGUGGCCCAUUGUUGGUCAGAACCAAGCCAUUUUAAAAGAAAAUUCUGUAAUGUCUGCAGAAAAAGACUAGAGGACAGUCUUGCCAUCCGCUGUGAAAUAUGUGAAUAUUAUGCACACCUUGACUGUCAAGAUUUUGUGGUGAGUGACUGCAUGGAGUGUGCUACCUACUUCCCUCAAAGAGAUCGGAAUGUCAUUCAUUAUCACCACUGGAGAGAAGGUAACCUCCCUCCUAACUCCAAGUGUGUUUCAUGCAAAAAGACUUGCUGGUCAUCUGAGUGUCUGGCUGGGAUGAGAUGUGAAUGGUGUGGAGUUACGGCUCACGCAACUUGUUACCGCUCUCUACCAGUGGAGUGUAAGUUUGGAAGUCUGCGAGAGAUUCUCCUACCAUCCUCUUGUUUGACCAUCCCUCGGCUUGAAGUUCCCAUGGAAACUAUUCUAGGCAUUAGCCGAAAGUCAACUCGCACAGUUUCAGAGGAGUGGUCAUCAAGUGGUGACUCCAAGACAGAAGAUGAAGAAAGAGAAAGACGAUCCCCUAGAGAGAAAGAUGGAAGAGACAAAGAUAAAGAAGAUUGUGAGAUAAUCAGAGUGUUUGAUGGCAAUGCCUCCCUAAAGAAGCGCCUGUACCGCACAAUAGCUGUACCAAGGAAUGCAACUGUACAGGCUAUUCUGGAGGCAGCUCUUAAAACAUUCCACAUAUCAGAUGAUCCCAAAAACUAUUACGUUACAGAAGCCUCGGAGUCCAGUUUAGGAGAAAGGGAAUUGGAAGAAAACAUGCCAGUUAGGUCACAAUUAAAAACACCUGAUGGCAAACGGCCUUCCAUAUUCUUAAGGUACAAGGAGAAAAAGGACAGCGCAGUUAUUCGGGUGUACCCAGGAGGACUAAGAGUAAGCUGUGGUUUCAAGAGCAUUUCUGUGAAUAAAGACACAACUACAGAAGAGGUCAUUAAAAUUUCUCUCAGAAAGUUUGGAGUUGAGGAUAAGGAUCCAGAAAGCUUUGAACUAAUUGAGGUGUUGUUAGACAAAGGAGUAACAGAGAGAAAAGUGGAUCGCAAUGCCAAGCCAUUUCACAUAAUGGUGCAGAGUAGAAGGGAGUCACUCCGUCAGAAUCGAAUGACAAGGUUUUACUUGCAACAGAAGGAAGAUCCACAUGGUCCAAGCAUAUCUCUUUAUGUUGGCAACUUGCCAACUGGUUUAUCACAGCGACAGUAUGAGAAGAUUCUAGUAGACAUUAUAGGAAGAGAUAACAAAUGGGAAAGAUUUGAUGGUAUAUAUUAUGAAUAUGGCUCCCUGGUUCUCAUAUACACCAUACCUGAGGUGGCCACUACAGUAUUUAAUAUACUACAGGAGUCUACAUUUGAUGAUAAGCAAAUUUUGGCUUUGCUGCUACCUAAUAUACAACCCCACAUGAUUCCAGAGUAUGUGAAACCCUUGAUGGUGUUUGUCAAUGUGAAAAGUGGGGGGUGUCAGGGACUGGAGCUCAUUACCUCUUUCAGGAAACUGCUCAAUCCUCAUCAGGUGUUCAAUCUGGAGAAUGGAGGACCACUACCCGGGUUGUAUGUGUUCCGGAACAUCCCAUACUACAAAAUUCUUGUGUGUGGUGGGGAUGGAACUGUAGGGUGGGUACUCUCCUGCCUGGAUAAUGUGGGUCAAGAUGCAGAAUGUCAGUCACCACCUAUGGCCAUCGUUCCAUUAGGCACAGGCAAUGAUUUAGCAAGAGUUUUACGAUGGGGCCCAGGCUAUACUGGAGGUGAAGAUCCUCUCAAUGUUCUACGAGAUGUUAUCGAUGCUGAGGAGAUCAAACUAGACAGGUGGACUGUAAUCUUCCACCCCAAUGAGAAAGAACAGUCAGAAACAAAGGUUGCCAUAGCCAACGACACCAACAGUGCAAACACGACUGAGGAUCCCACCAGCAUCUUUGUCAUGAACAACUAUUUUGGUAUUGGCAUAGACGCUGAGCUGUGUCUUGACUUCCACAUGGCCAGGGAGGAGAAACCAGACAAAUUUAACAGCAGGCUACACAACAAAGGUGUGUACCUAAAAAUGGGCCUGCGCAAAAUGGUUAAUCGUAAAACCUGCAAAGACCUGUACAGAAACAUAAAGGUAGAGGUAGAUGGGAAGCUCAUCGAAUUGCCCCCAGUAGAGGGCAUUAUUAUUCUUAAUAUACUCAGCUGGGGCUCAGGGGCGAAUCCUUGGGGUCCAGAGAGAGAGGACCAGUUUAACAAACCCACCCAUUAUGAUGGGAAUUUAGAAAUUGUUGGGGUCACAGGAGUUGUCCAUAUGGGGCAGAUACAUAGUGGCCUGCGCAAUGGUAUACGCAUUGCUCAAGGAGGACAUUUACGUAUUACAUUGCUAUGUGAUAUGCCUGUGCAAGUGGAUGGUGAACCAUGGAUACAGCCUGCUGGACAGGUCAUAGUGCUUAGGUCUGCACUAAAGGCAACCAUGUUGAAAAAGAGUAAAAAUAAGAUCAAACGUCGAAACACUGAACCUAGCAUUUUCUUCCCUGAAAAUGAACCCUUGCAAGCCUCCUCCCCUACAGAAGAUUCUAGUGGACCUCUUUAACUGGAAAUGAGCAGGGAGGUCUGCCCUUGCUGCCCCUAUUCUCCCUCUAUUGAUCUCCCUGCGUCCAUGAAUGAAUUAGAGUAGUGAAGCACGCUCCUCCAUCACUCUAUGACAUUUAAUUUCCCCAUUGAAAUGUAUACAUUAUUCAUCCCUGGGUCCUUACACUGAUCAGAUGUAAUUUAAGAUUAGAGCUUUUUGUAAAUCUCUUGUAUAACUCAAAGGAUUAUUGACUCUAAAUGUUAAUUACACUUUUGUUUAGUUCAUGCCAAAUUAGCUUACUCUGUUAUGGACCAUGACUUUAAAAAUAAAUAAUGCUUGUGACUUUUAAAAUUUUGUUUAGGUGUUGAAAGGUUUAAAUUUAUAAGUUUUCAUUAGUUUUAUUAUGGUAGGACCUAUAUACCUAGACAUCUUUAAUUUUUCUA